UGCUAUAAAACUGGAGUUGUUGCAACGCUCUGUUUCGUCCCUUCCGUUAUAUUCGAAGAAGCUCGUCUGCAUUUAUCUCUUCUCUCUUUCUAACUUUUUUUCAAGCAGGAGUCUCGGAACGGGUGAAAUUAAUGGCCGAAUCAGAUCCCAAUCAGCCAAUAGAGAUAAAUGAAGAAAAUGAGAAGAAACUUAAAUAUCUAGAUUUUGUUCAAGUGGCGGUGAUCUAUGCAGUUGUAUGCUUAUCAAGCAUCUACGAGUACGCCAAGGAAAACUCCGGUCCACUUAAAAUGGGGGUCCAAACCGUCGAAGGAACUGUAAAGACCGUUAUUGGCCCCGUUUACGACAAGUUUCACGAUGUUCUGUUCGAAAUCCUCAAGUUUGUUGAUCGCAAGGUGGACGAGUCCUUCAGUGAGUUGGACAGCCGCAUUCCGUCAUUUGUAAAGCAGGCUUCAAGCCAGGCUCAAGCCAUGGCUUCGGAGGUCCAACGAGCCGGCGUUGUAGACACGUCUAAGACCAUCUCGAGGACCAUUUACACCAAGUAUGAACCGACAAUUAAGGAGUUGUACUGCAAGUACGAGCCGGUGGUAGAACAGUAUGCUGUUUCGGCUUGGCGGACGCUUAACUGCCUCCCGCUUUUCCCUCAAGUGGCUCAAAUCGUGGUCCCCAUGGCUGCUCACUGGUCGGAGAAGUACAAUCAGGUGGUUUAUUACUCUGGGGAGAAAGGGUAUGCGAUGGCGUCGUAUCUGCCGUUGAUUCCGAUUGAUAAAAUCGAAAAGCUUUUCGAGGAGCGUGGAACACCGCUCGCUGCUUCGACUAAUGGGGAAUCAACUCCGACGAAGUGAAAUUGUAGGGGUAGGGUUUUGGGGAUUGAUGAUAUCUUGCUGAAGUGGUUUCUGUUCUUCCUUUUUGCAUUUGCAUUUUUGGGUUUAGCAUAUAAAAUGGUCACAUGAGAUGGAGCUUAUAGGGUACAAUA